AUGGAUGAGAAAGGCAUUCCAUGUGUGAUUCUACUGACUAAAGUUGAAAAGGUAGCCCCUGAACUUGAAGACAAUUGGAAAACGGCCUUUCAAAACGCAAAAGUCAAGGAAUGCGCUGGCAAAGCAGCAAACAUUAUCGGUAUCAGUAGAAACAACGUGUACCCAGUAACGAACUAUGAGAUAGAAGUAGAGGUCGACGAAGAUUUGAACGUGCUGUCACUGUUGGCGUUGCGGCAAAUCAUACACCUCUCGAUGGAUCACAUGGAAAACGUGAAGUUGCGAGAAGACGGAAAUGAUGUUUCUGAGAGCGCGGAAGAUGUGGGUGCUUUCCGCAACAAGGGCAUCAACCAGGGCCCUACUGUCACUGUGGUACACAAUGAACACAAGUCAGUGUAUGGGGGAAAUGCUAGCCAGUCGUGGACAGGAGAUAAAGGCAAUGCAUCCGACCAGCAGGCAUUUCUGUAUCAGCUGCAGUUUUCUGGAGCUAUAAAAUAUUGCAAUGGGAACCAUGCAGUACGGAGACCUAUGGAAGCCAUGGCGAAAAAUAAGCCAAUGGAAACUUAUUUAAGGAUAUACCAAGAAUCAAUAUCUGACAGGCUGGGUAUAGUCAGGAUCGCACUGUUUGCUUCGUUUCACCCAUCAACCUAUAUUACAUGGAAGUCAGAGAGGUUUGUUCAGAAACCAACAAUGAACCAUCGUAUUCAUUGUGGAGUGAUCGUCAUUGAUGCUUCGAUGGUUGAUGCUUUCACAGAUGAAAACACGUCUAAACUGAAAGCACUAAAAUCCUUGAUGGACGAAAAAGGGAUCCCUUGUGUUGUCCUGCUGACCAAAAUCGACAAGGUUGCACCGGAACUGGAGGACAACUGGAAGACGACCUUUAAAGAUCCAAAGGUCAAGGAGUGUGUGGACAAAGCCGCGACCGCCAUUGGUAUCAGUAGAAACAACGUGUACCCAGUAAAGAACUAUGAGAUAGAAGUAGAGGUCGACGAAGAGUUGAAUGUGCUGUCACUGUUGGCGUUGCGGCAAAUUAUACACCUCUCGAUGGACCACAUGGAAAACGUGAAGUUGCGUGAAGACGGAAAUGCUGUUUCUGAGAGCGUUGUAGCGGUGGGGUCAGAUACCGCUUAA